AUGACGCUCGAUAACACAAAAAACAGCUCAGCUACUGGGCAGCAGUCGGAGCAGGUGGUUAAGGCUGUGGCAUUCUUGAGUGGAAACUCUCCGGUCACUGGGACCGUCACAUUUUCGCAAUCUAUAAAGAAUGGACCGGUCACUGUGUCGGGGACUUUGAAUGGCUUGGAUCCUCUGUCGAAACGUGGCUCUCAUAUUCACCAAUCUGGUGACUUAAGCGGAGGUUGCGUGUCCACUGGCCCACACUUCAAUCCGACAGGAAAGAACCAUGGUUCUCCUAACAGCGAAGAGAGACAUGUUGGCGACUUGGGAAACAUUGACACGGAUGAAAAAGGAACUGCCAAUUUUGUAUUUGAAGACUCCAAAAUAUCCCUAAAUGGUGCUUUCAGUAUCUUAGGCCGCGCGGUGGUUGUGCAUGCUGGGGUGGAUGAUUUAGGCAAAGGAGGUAACUCGGAGUCACUCAAAACGGGGAAUGCGGGCGGACGAGCUGCUUGUGGUGUCAUAGGCCUGGCUUAA